AACAUUUGAAAAAGAGGUGCUGACUUGUCUCCGACAUUCUAUUGCAAAGGACAAUAUUUUUGUAGCAUGGACACAACAAAUCUUGCGCUCAAAAGAAGAGGUCAUUAGCCAAAUCAUUCUUGCUAGAGUUUUUCUAUGUUUAACAGCGCUGGUGGCACACUGAGUUCCUGAGCAUCAUAUAUCUGAGGAAGUUUGGUGAAGCUUCGGUUUUGAGAAGGCAAGUGCUGCAUAUCUGUCCAUCCGUGUGAGAGACAUAGUAUGAAGCUUAGUUUUUGAUGUUUGUUGAAGUCGUGUGUGGCAUUGAGAUCUUGUCUUGGGAUCUAGUACAACCAUUAUCGGCAGAGCAGCAAGAAACGUUGCAGAAGUUAGUUUGCUGUGAGUCCGUUUCCGAGCUAAAGCGGUUCUUACAUGACAAUCGGAAUAUAAUAUCUCCGCAAAUAUUAGACUCUGCUCUUAAGCAUGCAAUUACUUGUGGCCGGAAGAAAAUGGCACGCUACCUCUAUACGGAGAUUCCACUUGAUUUUCUAGGGGGAGACCCUGGCUUCUUCCUCCUAGAGCGCUGUAUAACCAAAGGAAUGUUUGGUAAAGAGUUCUACAAUUCUUCUUCUCCUUAAUUGCCAUAUACUCCUUCUAUCUUAGAUUAAUAGAUAGUUUUAAAUUUU